AGCAACUACUCCAAUUGGUGGUUUCCCCGCUGGCAUUACAAGUAUGGCAACUGCUACACGUUCAAUGGAGGAAUUGAUGAAGAUUAUGAACCAAUCAGAGUCUUGAGUACGAGCAAACCUGGACCCAGUCAAGGUGGUGUAUACGGUUAUAGAACUUAGUCUCUUAAUUGGAGUCUUUGAAUGUCAGUUGAAGUGCCCCCCAGGACAAAGUGCCCCCCCCCAAGGACAGAGUGCCCCCCCAGGACAAAGUUCCCCACCUCUUCAUCUUGGCGGCCUGUCAGUGAAGAAUGUUGUUUUGUUUUUAAACAGGUCUUUCAUUACGGCUCAAUAUUCAGCAGGAAGAUUACCUGAAGUACGUGAGUGAUGAAGCAGGCGUGCGGGUUAUACUACAUGACCAAGGAAUGAUGCCUUUUCCCUACCUUGAAGGAUUCAGCGUCAGUCCUGGGACAGCCACGUCUGUUGGCAUACAGAAAGUAAGUUGGGCUUAUGAAAUAUGAACUAGCCUAACUUCAUUUAUACUGGAUGGUUCUAUAUCGUUUCUAAAUUGUUCCAGUGUUACAACAGGACGAACGAAAUCUAAGCUAAACUAACUUGAUUCAUACUGGAUAACUCUAUCAUUUCUAAAUUGUUCUCUCUAAAGGUCCAGGUCAUCUAUUCUCCAGUGUUACUACCGGAUGAAACCUCAGCUAAACUUCACUUUAUUUCCACUGAAUUUCUCUAUCAGUUCUAAACUCCUCUUUCUAGAGGUCGAGUAUGUGUCAUUCUUUAAGGAUACCAGAGCACACGAAGAAAAGCUGCAGUGUUUGCUAGAGUCAAACUAAAAGCACUCUUCUCACAUGUGGGUGAGGUGAAAUUAUAAUGAAACAACUGGAUAUUGCCGGAAUCAAAUUCUAGUCACAAAGAUCAACGGAAUAUAUGUUCCAACACGCAUAUAGAUUAUCUAAUUAUUUAAACUCUCUAAUUAUUCUCCUUUUUGUUUCUUAUUUUAGACGGUGAUCUCAAGAGUGGAUCGUUUUGGCAAUCACACAUGCUGGAAUGUUGAUGGACUCGAUGAGGAUAAUAUUUACAGAAAGUUCCACCAAAUUACCAAAUAUACACAACAGGUUUGUUUUUUAAUCUCGUUUCUAUGUUCUUGCCUUGCUGUUUAAAUAUUACCAUAGUCAGUCGAGAUGUGGAUUGAAACUCUGCAAACUUCAAUAUACAGUACUACACUGGUGUCAGAACAGCUUAAUCAUAUAUUUGUUGGGGGGCGUUGCUAAUUUUCAGUUAAGUUGGGCCGUAGUCUUCAGCUAAGUGGAAAGAUGACACACACAACAUGAUCCGCCAUAUAGUACUAUUCAUAUAUUUAAUGUUAGGAGCGCUAAAACCUACCCAGCCCGACCACUGAAGGAUUAUUUCGUUGAUCACAAUGUACCAACAAUGAACAUUGAUCAACGAAAUUGCAAUCAACGAAUAUUUUUUUGUUUACGUUGCCUUUUACAUUGUAGGCAGCGAUCAAGAAUUUUCGUAUUACUAUCUUACUCUGAUAUGUUGUUUUUUUUGGAGGGGGGGGUGGGGGUUUCGGGGUGAAGUUAUUUCUGGGGGCUUUAACAUCCUCCUGUUAAACCGCCCCUGAUGUUCAUUGGAUGAUUGCUCCACUAUGGCAAGAUUGUUUCACCACCUUCAAUCUGCCAAAUAUUGCGUGUACUGUAUGUUGCUGUUGUGUUCCACCGAGUCUCCUGUGUGAACAGUGUGAAAACAAUGAUAAGACAUUGGAACAUUUUAUUUUUCCAGACGUGUCACAACUCGUGCGUUGGUAAAACACAACUUGAUGAAUGCGGUUGUUCUGAAUAUUCUUACCCGUCAAAUGCGUCGGCCUGUGAUGCUUUUAAUUCCACAAUCCGUAAGAAAAUUGACGUCAUAAUUUGAUAAUUGAAUAAUCAAAGUAUAUAUGUGAGUUAAUGGAUGUCAACAGGCAUGAAAAGCUGAUUAUGUCCAUUUUUCUUCAAUAGGGAAAUGUUUAUGGAAAAUCCACCACAGAUUCAACGAGGACAAACUUCCCUGUAUGGAGGAAUGCGGACAACCUUGCCGGUAAGAUUUGAAUCAUUUGUUCAAUCAAAUACUGCAUCCAAACGUAUUUGUAUAUAUCUGUUUAUGUUUUCCUGAAGGCAAAUACAGAUCAUUUGCAGAGCUUAAUCGGGUUGUCUUUUCCGAACCAAUUCAUUUGAUGAGUUAUUUGAACAUUUGUUAACUUCCUGUAUAAGCUUCCUGUAUGAAUGCGCCAAUCAGCUUUCGUUUGGAGCAAUUGACCAAUCAUAGCUAAGAGACAGGGAGUGACCAGAAAUGAUCAAAUACACAAAGUUGUGGAUAAUUGGUUUUGUGUCUCAAAUCAAUUGGUUCAUGUGAGCAAAUGAAUUUGUAAAAUAUCACUUUAAGAACAUUUCCAUUGCCACACCCUAAAAUAAACCCUUACCCCCAUCGUAAACCUGAUGAAAAACUGUACUCCAUUCUAACAGUUAAACUCACACAGGAAGAUGUCAAAAAGAUUAAAUAAAUAUAAAGAAAAAGAUAAUCUCGACUCCCAUUUUUCUUUGUGCAAGGAUACUUGACAAACUAUCAAGUUCUUAUGGAUCUAAUAUUUAUCUUUUACAUCGUGUGAAAACAUUUAUCACAUUUCAUUUAGUGAAAACGUUAUUCAAAAGACAAUCAGUAUGUCUCAAUGGCCAUCAACACCUUAUCAAGUAUGUACCGUGCUUCCCCGAUAUAUUUUGCCCAGUUUUAACCUGGUCUUUUACAGAAUUGCCCUCCUAGACACAAAAAACUAGUUUCUACAAUUUCUCGUUGUUCUUUGCAAUGUCAAAAUGAAAUAUUUUUACCUUAUGUUUAUUCCUGGAUAUUUCAUGUUUUAACACUAAGUUCAUGUCUAGAUUUUGUCCAGUUUAGUUGGUAUUCAUUGUUUAAUAUUUUAUGUUUCUAGACUUAUGAAAAGGAAAAGAAUCUUAACUUCUCUACGUAAGUACAUCUUUGAAGGACAAUACUUUCAAAAUAUAUAAUAAGAUGUACAUCUUUGAUGGACAAUACUUUCAAAAUAUAUAAUAAGAUGUACAUCUUUGAUAGACAAUACUUUCAAAAUAUAUAAUAAGACAACCAGCUCUAAUGUCGUGACGUGGUUACCACGCUUGCCUUUCAACCUUGGAGAGCCGGGUUCAAUCCUUGGUCGGUCCUCUACACUCAAGAUCUUAAAAUAUUUGACGAGAAAGUGCUAGCUAAAGUCUCGUACACAAAGUAUAAUCCAUGCAGUAUUGUUCACAGCUUAUUGUAUUUUGAUUUUAGGCAAAGUUCUUUGCUUUUAAACAUUUUCUACAACGAGCUCAAUUAUCAAAGAAUUGAAGAAAGCUUCGUAUACGAUGUAAGUUCAAUAUGGAUUAUAUAAUUUAUAUAAUCUUGAGCUGUCCGGUGUAUAGGUAUUAGAGAGGUUAAGAUACCCCGGUUCCGAUUUUCGGAUACGAGUAUCGCCAUUUUGUUUAGCAAUUUUUGGUGAUGUCAGCAUUUUUACCCGUAAAUGGUAUUUCCCAGAGUGGAAGAUGAAACAGUCCUCUAUCAUAUAUUUGAAAGAUAACUUUAAAAACGACCACUGUAUCACACCACAGCACACCACACCAUACCACACCAUACCAUACCAUACCACACCAUACCAUACCACACCAUACCACACCACACCAUACCACACCAUACCAUACCAUACCACACCAUACCAUACCACACCAUACCAUACCACACCAUACCACACCAUACCAUACCACACCAUACCACACCAUACCAUACCACACCAUACCACACCAUACCAUACCAUACCAUAUCACACCAUACCAUAUCACACCAUACCAUAUCACACCAUACCAUAUCACACCAUACCAUAUCACACCAUACCAUAUCACACCAUACCAUACCAUGCCAUACCAUACCAUACCAUACCAUAUCACACCAUACCAUAUCACACCAGACCAGACCAGACCACAUCAUACCAGACCAUACCAGACCAUACCAGACCAUACCAUGCCAUACCACACCACACCACACCACACCAUGCCAAACUACACCACACCAUACCACACCAUAGUUAUACCCACCCGGGUUAGCCUAACCUGACAUGACCAUAAUAUUAUUUUUAUCUUCCAGGAAAUAAACUUGUUAGCUGACGUAGGUGGACAGCUGGGCUUGUGGAUCGGUGUUUCAGUAAUCACAGUUUUUGAACUGAUUGAAUUAUUCGCGUUGAUCCUUACUCGACUCUUUAAACGUCGCAGAACUGAAGAUCGUGUAAAUAACAUGGCAAUUCCUUGACGGUGGGUGAAAAUUUUGGUUUUUAUUCAAGACAAAGUAAUGCAUAAAUUGAAAA